GUUGCGAGGCGCCACCGCUGGGAGGAGCUUUGCCCCCUCUAGCUUCCCGUUGGGAGGGUCCGUCAGCCGGCUGGGGCGGGGCGGGGCGGGGCGAGGGCGAGCCCCGCCGUCGGUCACGUGCGGGGUGGUGGAUUAUAAAACAAUCGGGAGGGCGGCCCGGCACGUGAGGCCGGCCGGGAGCGAGACGCGGUGCCUGCGCGAGGGAGCCCGCCUGCUUGUAGUGGUGAGGCGGCGGCGGCGGCGGCGGCGGCCGCCCGGGGCUUGCUGGGUGCGCGGCCCCAGCGACGUUGUUACCCCCAGAGAUGAGCACUGAAGCAGAACAGCAGCUUCUCCAUGAUGCUAGAAAUGGAAACUGUGAAGAGGUUCGACAACUACUGGAAACCAUGGACAAAGAAGAAGUAGUUGUUGACAUCAACUGCAAAGGCAGAAGUAAAUCUAAUUUGGGUUGGACGCCUCUUCACCUUGCAUGCUAUUUUGGACAUGGCAAUGUGGUCAAGGAUUUGCUGAAGGCUGGUGCAGAAGUAAACGUGUUAAAUGAUAUGGGGGACACGCCACUGCAUCGUGCAGCCUUCACUGGACGCAAGGAGGUGGUGAUGCUGCUCUUACAGUAUGAUGCUGAUACUUCUCUUGUUAACGGGGGUGGACAGACAGCAAGAGAUGUUACACAAGAUAAAGAAAUCAAAAAUAUGCUGGAAGCAGUGGAAAGGACACAAGAAAGGAAACUGGAAGAACUGCUUUUAGGAGCAGCAAGAGAAGGGGAUACUGCAAAACUCUCAGCACUGUUAAACAGGCCAAAGCCUCCUGAUAUUAACUGUGCUGAUCAGAUGGGAAAUACACCAUUACAUUGUGCAGCAUACCGUGCCCACAAGCACUGUGCCUUAAAACUUCUAAAAAAUGGUGCAGACUCUAAAAUCAGAAACAAAAAUGACCAGACGCCGUUUGAUCUAGCCCAAGGUGCAGAAAUGAAACAGAUACUUGGAGGAAACAUUGGAAAGGUGAUCAACAAACGCCUGAAACGAUAUGAAGGUCUCCUGUGGAAGAGUUCAAGGUUUUUUGGCUGGAAACUUUACUGGGUAGUACUAGAACAUGGAGUCCUUUCUUGGUAUUGCAAACAGGCUGAUGCAGUAAAUAAUGAUCAUCGCCAAGGAUGCAAGCACCUAACACAAGCUGUCUGCACGGUAAAAUCUACAGACAGCUGCCUUUUCUAUGUCAAAUGUUUCGAUGACAGUGUUCACAGUUUUAAAGUUCCUAAAAACUCUCCUCCUACGGCUAGAGAGAACUGGCUGGAGGCAAUAGAAGACCACUCUGCAUACAGCACUCACUACUGUACCCAAGAACAGCUGAGUGAUGAGGAAGAUGAUGACACAGUAUCUGUUGCAGAAUUGCAAGAAACGCUGAAAAAGGCACAAUCAUGUCAACAAAGGCUAGAUAAAGAGAUAUCCAACUUCCUCAUAAUGAUUAAAUCGUGCAACACCACUAAAGGAAUGCCUCCUUCAUUUCUUCAGAAAAUUGAAGUGGUCUCUGAAGUAUCAAAAGAAACUUGUGAGGCUUUGAGUAACUGCCUUAAGCUCUUCACAAAGCAGGAAGGGGUGAGGAAUUUGAAACUGGAGCAUGAGCAGGAGAAAAACAAGAUCUUGUCAGAAGCACUAGAGACGCUAGCCACUGAACACCAUGAAUUAGAGCAGUCUCUAGUUAAAGGAUCACCGCCUCUGAGCAUGCUUAGUGAGGAACAGUUCUAUGAUGCUGUUUCAGAUUCAGAAUCUGAAAAAUCAUUAAGUGGAUUUGAAACCGUAACAACGUACUCAUUAGAGGACAGUGUGGAGUCCAACAAUACAAUAACCUCCAGCAUGUCCGAAGAAAAGGUCUGUGGUGGAGGUGGAAAGGUCUGUGGUGGUGGUGGAGAGUCUCUGUCUAAUGGCAUCAAAAAACACAGAACAAGCUUGCCAUCUCCAAUGUUUUCCAGGAAUGAUUUUAGUAUUUGGAGUAUCUUAAGAAAAUGUAUUGGAAUGGAGCUGUCCAAGAUCACUAUGCCGGUUAUUUUCAAUGAGCCGCUGAGCUUCUUACAGCGACUUACAGAAUAUAUGGAACAUACGUACCUCAUCCACCAGGCCAGUUCGCUUUCUGGCACAGUUGAAAGGAUGCAGUGUGUAGCUGCAUUUGCUGUGUCCGCUGUUGCCUCACAGUGGGAACGUACAGGAAAACCGUUCAACCCACUUCUUGGAGAGACGUACGAAUUAGUCAGAGAUGAUCUUGGGUUUAGACUCCUUUCAGAACAAGUUAGUCAUCACCCACCAAUCAGUGCUUUCUAUGCUGAAGGCUUGAAUAACGAUUUUGUGUUUCAUGGCUCAAUCUAUCCUAAACUCAAGUUCUGGGGCAAGAGUGUGGAAGCAGAACCUAAAGGGACUAUAACUCUGGAACUUCUUGAACACGAUGAAGCCUACACCUGGACAAAUCCUACUUGCUGUGUGCAUAAUAUUAUUGUGGGUAAACUUUGGAUUGAGCAGUAUGGAAAUGUAGAAAUAACUAAUCACAAAACUGGUGAGAAGUGUGUAUUAAACUUCAAACCAUGUGGGCUUUUUGGGAAGGAGUUGCACAAAGUUGAAGGCUAUAUUCAAGACAAAAGCAAAAAGAAAGUUUGUGCACUCUAUGGGAAAUGGACUGAGUGCUUGUACAGUGUUGACCCAGCUACAUUCGACGCUUACAAAAAAAAUGACAAGAAAAAUACAGAAGAGAAGAAAAACAGUAAACAGGUGGGCAAUUCUGAAGAACCAGAUGAGAUGCCUUUGCCAGAUUCUGAAAGUGUGCAUGUUAUUCCUGGAAGUAUUUUACUCUGGAGGAUAGCUCCAAGACCUCCAAAUUCAGUACAGAUGUACAAUUUCACUAGCUUUGCUAUGGCUCUGAAUGAAUUGGAUAAAGAAAUGGAGAGUGUUGUUCCUAAAACUGACUGCCGGUUACGGCCAGAUAUCCGAGCAAUGGAAAAUGGUGAAAUAGAUCUAGCGAGUGAAGAGAAAAAAAGGCUAGAAGAGAAACAAAGGGCUGUCCGCAAAAACCGGUCCAAGUCAGAGGAAGACUGGAAAACAAGGUGGUUCCAUCAAGGUCCCAAUCCCUACACUGGUGCACAGGACUGGCUUUACUCUGGCAACUACUGGGACAGAAACUACUUUAAUUUACCUGACAUUUAUUAAAAUGUCAAAGGGAGGCCAUGACUAAUGCAAAUUAAGUCUUAAUCUUUUUAAUUUUCCUUGUUUCUAGUCAGUUUUUCCAAGAGAUGAGAAGUUACUGAACAAUAUGUUAAGUAUCUCCUACAGUAAAUACGGUGGUACAGAUUUGAAAGGCUAUGGAGAGGGGAACAUGGACAACUGCUCAGAGCAGUCAUUUUUCUGACGGGUAGUGCUACCAUAUUUGCUGAAUACAUCUAUGUUAAGGCUCGGUGAAUAGCAAAUAGAACAGUUGAAGGUGUUCUAUUAAUCCUUUCUUUUAAUGAUUAUGCUGGCACAACAGCCCUUUGGGGUGGAUAUAUUGUGGCACAGAUGUUUAAAAGCACAGAUACGAAUUGCACUAUUCUGUGCUUAAAGCUAGGAAAGGGCAAGUUAUUUUUAUAAAGAUUUACUUAACUUUCAUAAGAUGGCUUUCUAUUAAGAUAACUCGCAGAAUCCUGGAUUCUGGUCAGUGAUUCCAGAACUAUUAUCCCCCAAAUGUUCACGCUGUAAGUUACGCUGGUAACAUUACUCAAAGUAAUUAUUCCAUGUUUAGUGCAGUGUUUUGAAUUUGUUUUUCCAUGUUUUGUUACCAGCCUCAUUUUCUUAAGGAAUUAAGAGCCAUUUAAAAAUUUGUGAUGAACUAAACACUAGUAAGAGGUUUUUUAAAAAAAAAAAAAAAAAAAAAAUUUACUGCACUAGAAAAUAUAGGUGCUUGGCACCAUCGUUGUAUAAUUGCAAAAACUUUUUAAAAAUCAGGACCCAGUGGAACAUAACUACUGGAGAAAUUAAACUGCACCUGUGUAUGUACUGUACAAAUGCACAAGACUUCCUCUUAGAAAGUGUGGUUUGAAGUCAGUAAGGUACCUGUAUGGAGACUGCUGUACACACCAGCUUUAACCCCUUUUAAUUGGGGUGCAUUAAAUCUUAGGAAAAUACAUAUUUAUACAGAGCUGGAGUACAGGGCUUCCAGCUGCUCUUUGUAUACAAUUUUAAUUGCUGUCUGGAGGUUAAUGUUAAUUACAUUAAUUGCUACUAAAUAAAGGCUUUCAAAUGUUC